GAAUCUGAACCUCUGCUUGCUUUUUGUCUCAUCCUGCAGGAUGAAGAAACCCGUAAAGAUUAUGACUACAUGUUGGAUCACCCUGAAGAGUAUUACAGACACUAUUAUCACUACUACAGCAGGAGAUUGGCACCGAAAGUGGAUGUCAGAAUAGUGAUUCUGGUCACAGUGUGUGCCAUCUCUGUAUUUCAGUUCUUCAGCUGGUGGAGUAGUUACAAUGAAGCCAUCAACUACCUAGCUACGGUGCCAAAAUACCGUAUACAAGCUACUGAGAUUGCCAGGCAACAAGGUUUACUCAACAAGACUAAAGAAAAGGGCAAGAACAGGCGGUCUAAAGAAGAAAUUCGUGAGGAAGAGGAAGAAAUCAUCAAAGACAUUAUUAAAAAUAAAAUAGAUAUAAAAGGCGGUUAUCAGAAGCCCAAGAUAUACGAUAUCCUUCUAUUUCAGAUUCUUCUCGCUCCUUUUUACUUGAGCAAAUACAUAGUGUGGUACUGUUGGUGGAUUUACUGUUUCACUAUUAAAGGGCAGGAGUACGGUGUGGAAGAGAAGCUGUAUAUCAUACGAAGGUACAUGAAAAUGUCUCAGUCUCAGUUUGACAGCCUGGAAGAUCAUCAGAAAGAGACCUUUCUCAAACGGCAGCUGUGGAUACGAGAAAACUAUGAGGUCUAUAAGCGGGAACAGGAGGAUGAGUUGAAGAAGAAGAUGGCCAUGGAUCCCCGAUGGAAGAGAUACCGGCGUUGGAUGAAGAAUGAAGGGCCUGGAAGACUGACCUUCAUUGAUGAUUGAAAGUUGCUGAACAGAAGGUGUGCUGAUGUUGAAAGUGAUUUGCAGAACUUUCCACUACGUGAUUUAGAGUUUUGUCUGCUGUGGCUCAGCAGUGAUCUAAAACUCAGGAAUUCCUAAAUCAGGCCGAAAAAUAGUACAGGUUUACCAUUUUUAUAAAUCAGACCUAUCAAACAGGCUCAGCUCAAUGUAUAUAUGCCAUUUACUUGGGGAUCUCUGUGGAAUGUGUUAUUCCAGGCAGUGUAUUUUCUCUGCGUAUCUGGUAUCCGUGAUCGGUGGA